AAACUUGCGCAUCUCUAUUGCAAGUUGUAAACAAUUGCCGGUACACGUGCAUUUGGAACAUUUUAUUAACUUUCGAAGUAAAUAUUGGCCAUAAACUAAUAAUAUUUGAUGGCUGCCAACUUUGAAUUACUCAGCGAGCAGGGUCUUCGCUUGGAUGGUCGGCGGCCGCAUGAGUUGCGCCACAUCAAAUGCAAACUGGGUGUCUUUGAGCAACCCGAUGGCAGCGCCUAUAUGGAGCAGGGAAAUACCAAAGUGCUAGCCGCCGUCUAUGGUCCACAUCAGGCCAAGGGCAAGAACAAGUCUUCGGAAUCCAACGAUGUGAUUAUUAAUUGUCAAUAUAGUCAGGCCACAUUUUCGACAGCAGAGCGCAAGAAUCGUCCUCGUGGGGAUCGCAAGUCACAGGAGUUCAAAAUGUAUCUACAACAGGCUCUGAGUGCAGCCAUCAAAUCCGAGCUAUAUCCUCGCUCCCAGAUCGAUGUCUAUGUGGAGGUCCUUCAAGCUGAUGGAGCCAACUAUGCAGUGGCUCUUAAUGCCGCCACAUUGGCUCUGAUCGAUGCUGGUAUUUGCCUUAAUGAAUUCAUUGUGGCUUGCACAGCAUCACUAAGUAAAUCAAAUAUUCCCCUCACGGACAUCUCACAAGUAGAAGAGAUCUCCGGAGGACCCAAACUAACUGUAGCUGCCCUACCGACUUCAGAGAAAAUUGCAUUCCUGGAGAUGAGCGAACGCUUUCAUAUUGAUCAUUUGGAAACUGUCAUCGAGACGGCGAUGGCUGGCUGCAGAGAAAUACGAGAUAUUCUAGAGGCAGCGGUUAAAGAGCAUCUUCUACAUAUCGGCAGUGCGGCGGAUUGGGCAAGAGUUUGUUGAAAAUUCGUCAAAUAUAAUUUAAAACUACUAUGCAAGUCUUUGAUUAAGUGUAAUUCAUCCAGAACUCUUCAACAACAUAUUAAAUUUAUUAUAACAACUCGCUAGGGUUUAAAAUA